AUGAGUUCCUCGUCGUCUGAAUGUCCCUCGGGAAUAUCCGAGCUUACUGGUUCCCCUGUACCGAGCUCAUCGUGUGUUGAUUCGCCCGAGUUUGAUUUUGACUUGAAUUUGUUUUUACAGUCUUGCUCAGAGUUCAUGUCACAGCCCCUCACACCUUCGCCGAUCUUUGACGUGCCGACUACCCUACUACGUCCGGACGUUCCGACACCACCUUAUACCUCUGACGAAGGUAGCGUCAUUGGUGAUCACGAUUAUCUGACCGACAAACAUCGUCAACGUUUCUUGACGCCCCAAAUCACUUUGACCAUGACCUCGAAUCGGAGCUUCACAGCUCAUCAAUCACCUGAUCCAUCUAUACCUUCGUCCUCGAGUAUGUCACAAAGAACCUCUCAAUCAAGCUCUCAGUCUCAUUCACCCCCUCUUACAUACUCAUUCAACAACCCAAACAUUUUCGCUUCUUAUCCUCAAUCAUAUCCGACCACAAGUUACUUCCCUCAUCAUCCUACUAUCCCACCUCCUGCUUCACUCGCUUCUUCACCGCCUUGGCAAACGACCGAUACAGAAGCAAAUGCAUCCGGCCUUGAUGUUGACCUUGAUAUCGAUCUUGAUGACCAAGACCAAAACACUAUGACAGAUAUUGAUGGGAGGACCUCUGGUUCAACAGCAUAUCCGAUUGAAUCGAAACUAGCUUUGUCAUCUUCUAAACCUAAAUCUGGAACAGAUGCUAUUCCUCGACCUCCUAACGCUUGGAUCUUGUAUCGAUCAGAUAUCUUGAAAGAUCUAGCAGCUGGUAAUGAUAUUCCAAAUCUCGAUAUCACUCUUGCUAAAAUGGGAUACGGUGCUACAACUUCUGCCAGUUCUGAUGAGAGCAACUUGGGAGGACUUACGGAUAGAGGUAAAUCAAGAGAAGUACUGGAUUCCCAUAUGAUGCCACCGCCCACUUCCACCAAAACAAAAUACAAAAAGGUUAAAAGCCAAGGGAGAGAACCAACGGAAGAGUUCUUAAGUCUUGGAAGAGGAAAAACUGGUAAAGGUUUACCUCAAGCACAUAUUAGCAAGCUCAUCAGUACCUUGUGGAAGAACGAAACACCUGACAGAAGAGCGUUUUACGAACAGAAAGCGAAUCUCAGAAAGAUUGAGCAUCAAAAGAAAUACCCCGAUUACAAAUUUCAACCUAUGCGGAAAGCGGACAAAAUCAAACAAAGAGAGGACAAGGAGCGUGAAAGAGAAGUGAUAAAACGACAAAAGGAAGCUGACAAGCAAGCGGGAAAGGGCAAAAGACACCAUAGACAACGAACACGUAUAUCUCCUUCAUCACCAUAUUCAGUUCUCAAUUCUGCCAAACGUCCAGAAACAGUAAAUCUUGCUCGAUCCUUAUCAUACACUGGUGAAUCUGACAAGCAACGAAGUCAUUGGUGGAAAGGUGAAUCAACGGCUCGUGGUGCUGCCCACCGAUUAGCUGAGCACUCCGAAUUGCGGUACCAACUUGGAGCGGACCCAUUGAGUGUUUACCCUUUCCCUCUGCCAAUCGGCGCUUUACCAGCAUUGGCACCUGAAGAUGCAACGUUGUAUCAACAAAGACCCCCUGGUGCAACAAUUGCUGAAGAUUAUAGAAGUUGGCAACAUGAUCAAAAUUACUCACCAGCCAAUAUGAAGCCGGUACCUGCAGUCUCGGUGGUGCCGGUACAAGACACCUUUGAAGCUGUGUCUGUCCUGACAACUGGUCAACAUUUACCGCCAAACAAGCAGUCUGGUGUUUCUACUUCCUCCCAUUUAGAUCCAUCCUUGCAACUCCCUCACGCCAUUGAUCAAUCAAGCACUAAGCCAUGGGCAUAUAGCCAGCCACUGCAAGGAUUGGGUGUAUAUCCUUCGGCGCACUCAGCCAUUCCAUUCAUCGCAGAUCCUCUCCCAAUCGAUUCUCAAGGUCGACCAAUGCCAAUCCUGGGUCUAGACGAUAUUGAACCUUUCCCAGAGGAUGAUAACGGUGAUCCAGCAAUGCUCGCCGAGAUGUGGUGGAAUCUCCGAGAUGACGAUGUCAGAGAGGAUAUGCAAAAUGCUGCCAUCCCAAGUGGUCUCCUGGCAGAUGAAAGGACAUUACAGGUUUUCGAUAUUGAAGCGGACGAAGCAGGUCAAUCUUCAACCACAAGAGUGUCGGGGCUUUCCACCGGGCCACCAAGUGGCACGACAAGUGCUGCACCUCCUACUCCUUCAUCGUCGUUUGUCCCUCAAGAGGGCUUCGGAUCUGGUGCACAAGGUGCUUAUCCUUACCCUCAAGGAUACGUACCUAUGUACGUCUCUGUGAUUCCUGAAGAUGGUAACAUCGAUCCUUCAAUACCGUUUUUCUCGUCCGGGUACGAUGCGAAUUUACCGUACCUAGCUAUGGAUGCUUCCUUUGAUCCAUCGUUGUAUGGUUAUCCCGGAGUUCCUUAUGGAGAACAAGGACCAUUCUUGUCUUCUCAACAGCCAAUGUCACCGACUGAUUCUUGGUCUGCUGGACCUACACCUCGUGAAGCAACUUUCCUCCGGGCGGCGCAAUCACAAGAGUCGAAUCGAGUCGCUUCUAGCUCUUCGGACGGCACAGUCAGAGCUGUAUCUUCCAAUCAAUCAGCACCAAGAUACGUCUCUUCUUCCGCUUAUCCCUUAACUCCCCAUUCACAAGAUCCGACCGCACUACCUGGAACAGGUGGAAUACUCGAUAGGAAUUCCUCAUUCUCAGCCUUAGCAGCUGUAAUGUCUGGUCAGCAUAUGGGAAUGGGUGUAUCAGAAGAUAUGCUAGGUUGGGAUGAUAAUGACGUUAUUGAAAAUGAGGAGGAAAGUGAAGUAGAAGCUAGAAAAGACAGAGUGAUGAGUAAUACUCAUAGAUCGAUAUCGAAAAUACCAACACCUAUCUCUGUUCCAACACCUUAUACUUCACCUAAACCUGGCGACUUCACCAACCAAGCGGAAACCGCUUUGAACGGAAAUCAGGUUCCUGCGCGUAGAUCAGUAGCGGUUAGAAGCAGAGCUGUAGCUUCCAAAUUUGGUGGAGGGACAUAG